CAGCGGUACUGGGAGCUCCCUCAGCAGGGAUAAGAGGAGGAGCAGAUAGACUGGCACAGGCUGCCCCCCAGAAGACUUCAACAUGGGUAUGGGGGGGCAGAGCGGCGAGGGCUGCAGCUCGGGGGACUGUGUGAAGCCAGAGGCUCAGUACAGUUGGGAGGAGAUCCAGAAGCACAACCUGAAGACAGACAAGUGGCUGGUGAUAGAGCGCAAAGUGUACAACAUCAGUCAAUGGGUGAAGCGCCACCCGGGGGGCAUGAGAAUCAUCGGGCACUACGCUGGGGAAGACGCCACGGAUGCCUUCCAUGCAUUCCAUCCAGACAAGACCUUUGUCAGGAAGUUUCUCAAGCCGCUCUACAUCGGAGAACUUGCUGAGAAUGAACCCAGCCAGGACCGGGACAAGAACGCACAACAAGUGGAAGAUUUCCGCGCACUACGGAAAACAGCCGAGGAUAUGAGACUUUUUAAAUCCAACCCGGCCUUCUUUAUCUUUUACUUGUUCCACAUUCUACUGAUCGAGUUCCUGGCCUGGUGCACCCUCCACUACCUUGGUACUGGUUGGAUACCCGCCAUAAUCACCGUUCUGCUCCUCACCAUUUCCCAGGCCCAGGCUGGCUGGCUCCAGCAUGAUUUUGGGCAUCUCUCCGUCUUCGAGAAAUCAAAAUGGAACCACUUAGUCCACAAAUUCGUCAUUGGCCAUCUAAAGGGAGCAUCUGCAAACUGGUGGAAUCACAGACACUUCCAGCAUCAUGCGAAGCCCAACAUAUUCAGCAAAGAUCCUGAUGUUAACAUGGUCAAUGUGUUUGUGCUCGGAGGCACUCAGCCUGUGGAGUUUGGCAAGAAGGGGAUUAAGUAUUUGCCGUAUAAUCACCAACAUCUUUAUUUCUUCCUGAUUGGCCCGCCUCUGCUGAUUCCUGUAUAUUUCACCGUCCAGAUCAUAAAAACGAUGAUAGCUCGGAAAGACUGGGUGGAUCUGGCCUGGUCAGUAUCUUAUUAUGUUCGAUUUUUCUUCACGUUUGUUCCAUUCUUUGGAGUUUUGGGUUCCUUAGCCCUGCUCAAUGCUGUGAGGUUCUUUGAGUCCCACUGGUUUGUAUGGGUGACACAGAUGAAUCACCUCCCCAUGGCUAUUGAACACGAGAAGUACCAGGACUGGCUAAACACCCAGCUGGCCGCUACUUGCAACAUAGAGCCGUCAUUCUUCAACGACUGGUUCAGUGGGCACCUCAACUUUCAGAUUGAGCAUCAUCUGUUCCCUACCAUGCCGCGCCACAACUACUGGAAGAUCGCUCCCCUGGUCCGCUCUCUUUGUAGCAAAUACAACGUGACUUAUGAAGAGAAGUGUUUGUAUCACGGAUUUAGGGACGUCCUCAGGUCCCUCAAGAAGUCAGGCCAGCUGUGGCUAGAUGCCUACCUCCAUAAGUGACCCAGUGCUGGAUUCACCGCACCCACCCAGGGAGGUCCCUGACCUUCUACUAACACAAGUGACACCUAAAAUGAAUGGAUAUUGUAUAUUUAGAUAUUUAAUAAGCUGCCUCCGAUAAAGGUCAGGGAACUCUCCAGGGCCCUGUUACCAAGUUUACUGCCAGGCCAGCCAACCUUAUUUUUCAGUGUAAUAUACCACAGGUUGCGACUAGGGUGGCACUUAGUAGUACAAUCAGCCUUAUGCAAGCAAACCAAUAAAAACAAAUGCUGCCUAGAGUCUAAAAGGUGUCUUUUUUUGCAGUGCUGAACAAUGAGCUGGUGUUGUUAAAUUACAGUUCUACUGUACUCUUCUUAGUUCAUAGAAUGAUCUGGACCCUCCUUCCAUCUCAGGCAGCCUCCAGACACGGUGGAUAGUUGAUCCCCUUGCUUGAGCCGUCUGUAUGGAUUUAUGGAAAUUGCCAUCUUAUAAAGAAGCUUCAUCUCACCUUAAAGAGACAAUAAUUAAAAAGGGUAUAUCUUACAGAACAUUCCUUCUCUGUAUAUUUGGGUUUAUACAAGCUGGAGCUGCCUUAUGACUUACCACAACUGUAGCAUUCUCAGUAGACAUUAAAACAUGCAGUUCCAAUGUAGUGCAAGGAGAAUGCUUCAGUUGAGGCAACUGGUAUGCCAGUUCCCAGCCAAAUAUAUCAAUGCAGAUUAGAUGAGAUGUCCCUGUGUUGCCCUCUAAAGCACUGAAAAAUAAAUGUAAGGUUGAACAUAAUGGAGCAGAUACACACUGAUCUUUAUAUGGACCCAAAAUGAUGCCCAUCCUGAUUGAUAUCUGAUUUUUUUGGAUAUUGAUCAUCAAGACUGGAAGAUCACGUUGGCCAAGGACUUCAACAACUGUCCAAAGCACGCCUUGGCAGAUGGGAUUUUCCAUGCUGUCCAAUAAAAAUCUGAAAGGCUGAUGGAUCUCAGGUGUUCCCUCUCUGAUCUGAUUGUAGCUCUAUGAAGUCAAACUACUGAAUCAGCCCAAUUUGGCACAACGAAUGGAUGGCCAAAUUGGGCACAGAUCCACUUGUUUGCCAGCCAAGUGUAUAAUACAGUGUACGGAUUGCGUUAGUGACUUUUGUACUUUUAAAGAGACCUGUUCUUCCCUUUUGAGCCAAGUGGGUAAAGCUGAUAUUUAGGUGAGAGGGUAGGAUACAGAGAAGUCAGAAAAAACGGGGAAAAAAGGGGGAUAAGGAAGAGGAUAGAGAAAGAAUAGGCAAAGAGCAACAGUAAGUAGAGGAGGGCUCUGAGGCUGAUGAAAUGAAAAAGGGAGGAAAUAAGAAAGGUAAUGCAAGUGAUAAAGAGAAUAAUGAGAGAAAAUUCAAGAAGGAUUGAAGAUAAAUGUAUUUGAUUCUUACUGUUUGGUAAAUUCAUAAUUUCUUUUUUCGUUUAUAUUACAUACAACCACCAAAAUGUCCCUAUUGACCAUGUCCUAUUGAAUAUGGCACCCUGUUACUUAUUAAAGAACUUCUCCUUGGAGGAACCCAUUGUUGCAGCGUCAUCAUCAGCUUCUUAUGGAAUCAUACUGGUCUGGACCAUGGUCUGACUGGUAGAACCUGGCACCCUGCUUCCCCAAAGAACCUUAACUCUGACAGCUGUAUAAGAUCAUUCUCCCAGAUCCUCCCUAUUAGCCAUGUUUUAAUUUGCUUGGUUCUAUGAUGUUUUCUGGAUCAGAUCCACUGUUACAGUUAGUCACAAAUAAUGAAUGUAAAUUAUUUUUGUAUAUGUUUUUUUUUCCAAUUAGAAUAAAAAUAGUAGCAAUUAACAGUGUGAAGGAGCUUAGGAUUCCGUACUGUUCUUGAAUGUUUCUCUAAUUAAUUAUUUUGAGACUGCUGGCUUUAGGUAAAGGGCAGAUGUUGAUUGAAAUUAUAUUACUUCUGUCAACUGCACUUAUUGGAAAAAAAUAAAUUUUCAGACAAUUUCAA